AUGCCUGGCAAGACCGCACUAAAGUCCCAUGUCAUCAAAUUCACCAACUGUCGCAUAGUCAAGGGGGACGAGCUCAUCAACCAGGAUGUCUGGAUUGAUUCAACGUCUGGCAAGAUCCUACGGGCACAAGAAGCAUUCUAUGGCCUGCAUUUGUCCCCUGAUGAAGUGAUCGAUUUGGGUGGUCGCAUCCUCGCUCCGGGCCUUAUUGAUUGUCAGUUGAAUGGCGCUCAAGGCUUCGACUUUUCGAUCCCGCAAUCCUCCAAAGAGGAAUAUGAUGAAGGCCUGCGAGUAGUUAACAAGGGCCUCGCCAGAACUGGCGUGACCUCUUAUCUCCCUACAGUCGUCAGCUCAACUGCAGAAGUCUAUCACAAAGUGCUCCCUUCCCUUGGGCCAGCAGGGGAUACGCAUCGCCCAGAAGACGGCGCCGAGUCGCUCGGCGCACACGUUGAAGGCCCUUUCCUCAGCCCCGGUCGCAACGGCAUUCACAAGACAGAAGUCCUCCGUUCAGCCAACACCCCAGAGGACCUAGUCGAGUGCUACGGCCGCGAGAACCUCGAUGGCGCCACCAAAACCGUCAGACUGAUGACGGCGGCCCCCGAAGUCGGCAAGAUGAUGUCCAAUAUCCCGCACAUUGUCUCCAACGACAUCAUCUACUCGAUUGGCCACUCUGACGCCACAUAUGAGCAGGCCCUCGCGGCUAUCGACCAAGGCGCAGCGAUGGUCACCCACCUCUUCAACGCCAUGCGGCCCUUUUAUCACCGCAAUCCGGGCAUUUUCGGCGUCCUCGGCCAGCAAAGCGAGCACUGUCGUCGACCAUUCUACGGCAUCAUAGCUGACGGUAUUCACCUGCACCCGACAUCCAUCCGCAUCGCCUACAACGCCCACCCAGACGGUCUUGUCCUCGUCACGGACGCCAUGAAACUCUGCGGCCUUCCCGAUGGCAUCUACGACUGGACGAACGGCGAGCGCAUCAUCAAAUCCGGCGCCCGCCUUACACUCGAAGGCUCUGACAAGAUCGCCGGCAGUUCUGCGACGCUUAUCGAGUGCGUCAACAAUUUCCGCCGUUGGUCGGGCGCGUCGACGGCGCAGGCCUUGAAUGCGGCCUCGGCUACGCCCGCACGGCUGCUUGGGCUUCAGGGCGUCAAGGGAUCGCUGGAUAGCGGUGCUGAUGCGGAUCUCCUUGUGCUGACUGAUGAGGGUGAUCCUUAUUCUGGGCGGACGCUGGCGGUAAAUCAGGUCUGGAAACGCGGGUCUAAGAUUUACGAUUCUGCCAAAGAUGGUGGCCAAAUUUGA